AAAAAGUUCCACACAAGUGUGUAUCAAUCAGAGACACAGAUCGAAAGACCGAAAGAAAGAGAAGAAGAGGAGCAAAAAGGACGAAGAGCGUGAAAAUAAAUUCUAGGACAGGUUUUAGAACACCUAGCCUAUUAGGAAUGGCGCCUCACCAGCAAGGCUGAUGCAGCUCUUCCUUCGAGUAUUCUGGAUUGCUUUUUGGAAACUGCUUUCUAUAUCUUAACUUGUUGCAGUUUUUUUUUGGUUGAUUUUGGAAGGAGUGUUUUUUUUUUUUUUCUUUCCCUGGAUCCGCUGUAUAAAAUGAGUGACAGGCGAAGAUCUGCCGCAGCUCUGAGUACCAGAGCUCAUGCUUUUUCAGUAGAAGCAUUGAUUGGGACAAAUAAGAAGAGAAAACUGAGAGACUGGGAGGAAAAGGAGUUGGAUCUUUCCAUGGAAAACCUCAGCCCCAAUGUGCAGCUAGAGGAAGGCGACGACCCGGGUCAGUGCCUGGAUAUCAACCCGGAUUCAGAGCCUAGCCCUAGUUCUGACAGUGAGGGUCAUGCUGAAAGGACAUCAUGCUCAUUUGGCUCCCACUCAGAUCUGGCUCCCAACCCCUCUGAUUCCUCUCCCCCCUCCUCCAUGGAAGAGAUCCAGGUGGAGCUGCAGUGUUCCGACCUCUGGAAGAGAUUCCAUGAGAUUGGCACGGAAAUGAUCAUAACUAAAGCUGGCAGGCGUAUGUUUCCAGCGAUGAGAGUCAAAAUCCUGGGCCUAGAUCCCCAUCAGCAAUACUACAUUGCCAUGGAUAUAGUUCCAGUGGACAACAAGAGAUAUAGGUACGUGUAUCACAGCUCAAAGUGGAUGGUUGCAGGGAACGCAGACUCCCCAGUCCCUCCUCGGGUUUACAUCCAUCCCGACUCACUGGCCUCAGGAGAUACUUGGAUGAGACAGGUGGUCAGCUUCGACAAACUCAAGCUGACCAACAAUGAGCUGGACGAUCAAGGACAUAUAAUUCUUCACUCCAUGCACAAGUACCAGCCACGGGUUCAUGUAAUUCGGAAGGAUUUUAGCAGCGACCUCUCGCCAACUAAACCUGUCCCUGCAGGAGAAGGGGUGAAAACAUUCAGCUUUCCAGAGACCGUGUUCACCACUGUGACUGCUUACCAGAACCAACAGAUCACCAGGUUAAAAAUUGAUAGAAACCCUUUUGCUAAAGGAUUCAGGGACUCUGGAAGAAACAGAACUGGCCUGGAGGCCAUCAUGGAGACGUAUGCUUUUUGGAGACCCCCAGUUCGGACCCUCACCUUUGAGGAUUUUACCACCAUGCAGAAACAACAAGGGGGAAGCACAGGAACAUCUCCAACAACAUCCAGCACUGGUACUCCAUCUCCAUCUGCCUCUUCCCAUCUCCUUUCUCCUUCCUGCUCUCCUCCCACCUUUCACCUGGCACCCAACACCUUUAAUGUGGGCUGCAGGGAGAGCCAGCUAUGCAAUCUCAACCUCUCAGAAUACCCGGCCUGUGCCAGGAGCAACAUGGCGGCCCUCCAAAGCUACCCAGGCUUAGGGGACAGCUCAUACGGCAGGUUACAAACCGGAAGCACUUCUGCCAGUCAGUCCUUCGAAAAUGCCAUGCCUCAGAGGACUCCGUCUUUAAUUUCUGGAAUGCAGGCCUCUCCUGCUGCUUUGCCUGGCAACAGCAAGAUGGACACCUACAGUGGCCAAUUAGGUUCCUUCCCCACCUCUCAGCUCCAGUAUGUCAUGCAGGCAGGAGGUUCUGCCUCCAGCUCCUCCUCUUCCCACAUGUUCAGCGGAAGCCACAUGCAACAGGGAUCUUACAACGCAUUCUCCCUGCACAAUCCGUACAACAUCUAUGGGUAUAAUUUCCCAGGUACUCCAAGACUGGCCACCAGUCCAGAGAAACUGACAGCAUCACAGAACAGUAUACUCUGCUCGCCUUCCCCUAAUGGUCCCUUUGGAGACAGGCAAUACCUAUCAACCGGGAUGGAUGGGAUGCACAUGAUCAGCAACCCUUCUUCCCAGCAAAGCGCAAAUGCCUGCGAUAGCCGUCAGUACGGAACUGUACCAGGCCCCUCCUCACAAAUGUCAGUGCACAUGGUGUAAACAAGAUAGUCGUUAGGGUUUUUUUUUUUUUCAUGUACUCAAAUGAAGGAAACAUGGUUGUUAUACGUGAUGCAGCAACACAAAGGGGUGAAAAGGAACCUCUUUCCUCUACUUUGUCUGAAACCCUUGAAGAGAUUCGCUUUUAAAUUAACAGAAAUGAAAAUAAAUAUAAGAAGAAAAUCUGUUGCUGGAAAGUCUAUUUACAGUAAUUUUCGUGAUGGACUGCAGCAGCGCCCACCGGGAACUGGAAAGGCAAGAUCAGAUAACAACAAAUGUGCAAUACAAUAGACCUGCUUCUGUUGCCAUGAUAAAAGUCCAUGCCUGAGCCAUUGUAAAGUGGACAAUCCUUUAUGACACAUUGUUAAACUUGGGAACUAAAUAUAUGACACUAUCACCCUGCAUGGAUCAUUCUAAAUGAAACCCUCACCAACUAAAAAAGAAUAGACUAAAUGUCUUCGGUUUAGAAAGCAAACAGUGAAUUCUAGGAUCCUGAAGAUUGAAAAGUGUGGUUCACAGCCAUUUUUGGAAAGAGAUGUUUCUUGUUUGAAUAUCUGGGUGAAUAUAAUUCUACUAUAAGUGGAAAGUAUAUUAACUAUUUCAGCUUCUGAAUUUAAAACUGGGAGAAAGGGAAUGGAAAUAUUUAGUAGCAUUGCACAGGGACUGUCCUGAGAAACCAGAUAGACAGAGGAUCAUGUAAUUAAGAUAAAUUAUAUGAUUGAUUCUCGAAAUAUGCCAUUCCAUUCCCCAGUACCCAGAAAUAUUUAAAACUCUUGCUUCACCAGAUGCAUUGUGGGAUUAUCUAAAAUACAGCCUGGUAAAAGCAAAGGCUUUAAGUUGUGUGCAAAAAGUAAUACGAGACAGAAUUAUAAAAGUUUUGAUGUGCUGUAGAUAAAUGUAUUUAUGUGCCUAGCAUUAAUGCAAAUAUAUAGAUUCAAAAAGGCUAGUAAGAUGUAUGUAAAAUGUAAAAAAAAAAAAAAAGAAAAAAACACAGAUGUAUAAAAAAGGCCUAUGCAAGAAACUGUAUAUAGAAGGGCAAAGCACAAAAACAAUGCUCAAUAAACAUUUUAAGUCAUUCGCAUGGA